AUGUCCGAUUUAUUAAAUAAAUCAGGAAUUUUUUUUGAUGAAGUUGAUAAAAUAUGUAUUUUGGAACCCGAAGUGUCAAAGUUAACAAACGAUUUAAAAGAAGAGUGCCAGAUUUAUGCAGAAAAAAUAGACGAGUUCCAGAAAAUAGCUAAUAAGUUUAUUACUAUGGUUGAAGAACUAGGUAAAGAAGUUGAAAAACAAAAAAUUAAGGCGAUAGGAGCAAGAAAUAUAUUGCAGAGCAUGGAAAAACAAAAAGAAAAUAAUCAACAGCAGUUACAGGCGUUAAUCACUGAAAAAUCAAUGGAGCUGGAGAGGUUAAAAAUUCAGUUGAACUCGCUACAAAAAACGGAAAUGGAACAAAACGAAGUGAUAAAUCAACUAAUGCAUUAUUAAAAAUCUAUUAAAUAAUUUAUUGUGGUAUAUUAAUAUUAUAACAGAUAAUACAAUGCUAAAUAAAAAUAAAUUGUAUUACUAAUGUACAAGAUAUUUAUUAAAUCCUUAAAAAAAAGACUGUCAAAAAUAAAUAUACAGAGAACUUCUUUAUUGGUAUACAAAAAUCACUGGCUCGCCUGUUAAAACGCCAAGGAAACCGAAACGACCGUCUAGGGCAAAAUAAAAUUAUAAUGAUACAAAUUACAAUUAAACCACCACAGUGUUCUUUAACUGAAGGCACCUCUACCAUGGCGUUUAGAAAGGAAACGUUAACCAUUAAUUCGUGAAGCUGGGCUCGGAGCAUUUUAUGAAAAAAGUUCAAAAUUAUUUACACGAUCUCACACAUUGUUUUAUAGUCGUUUAAUAUUUACAGGGUAUUUCACUGAAUUUUUCAUAAUGGUCAGAAUAUUUCUAUGCGAUCAUAAAAUGCUCAAUUACACAUAAAAAAACAAACCAAUUCUUCUGUAAGUUAUCUCUAAACUAAACUUAAACUAGGUUUCGUAUUUCCCACAAUAUCUGGUUGACCAGGCAGCGCAUGAAAAAUUCACACAGAAGGCUUUGAUAGCGAUAACCGGCAAUAAUCUUUAAAGUAUAUUAAAUUUCGCUAGUUUAAAACACAGAAUAACUAUUUUAUAGACCUAAAAGUUUUAAAUUUGUUUCUAUUUCAGUUUAAAAAUCUAGGAGGCACUGGAAACAAAUGAAGAUGAACAAUCGUUCAUCUGACACAGCUGAUUAUGACUGACAUAAUAGGCGGAUUCUUCUGCUUGCGAUUGUCACAUUAGAACCUGAAAUGAGAGCAGUCGAUUGGUUGGAUUUUAAAACUCAUGGCAGAGGUUUAAAUUCAGCCAAUCAGCUCCUCUGAUUUCAGAGCAAAAAAACUUAGUGAUGUCAGAAAGUUUUAGGAGGUAUAAAAAUAUUAUUCUGCAUUAUAAACUGUUGAUAUUUGAUAUGCAGGGGUUUUAAAUGAUGCUGAUCGAGUUUAUGCACCCGGAUUUUUUAUAAAAAUAUGUCCCUUGAUUAUCCGAUAAAUUGUAUUUAAAAAACAUCGACAGUCCAUAGCCAACUAUUUUGAUAAGUGUAGAGGCUUGCAAUGUAUCAAAAAAA